AACCGAACCAGUUGGCUCCUAGACUAAGGUUGGUAACCUGCACCAGGGAUAAUCUUGUUUUCAACUCACUGGUGGUCAUUUUCAGGAGCCAAGAUCCGCCUCCCGGUUCUCUAUGAGAGAGAGUUCUUUGGCCCAAAGGACUUUGCCCUUCCUUAAGUGACGGAUCAUCCGGCCACUUUCUGCUGCAGGACUGUUGGGGGAAGAGACCCCUUCCUAUCAAACACCCCGGAGCCGCGCGAGGAGCAGCCCCGGUGGGGUUGCCUCUCGGACGCUGCCGGCAAGCGCGAAGCUGGGGCCGCCGGAGCCGAACAGGGAACGGCGUUUGCCGGGGCCGAGGCGGAAGCCGGAUCCUUUGGCGGACCGGACCGCGGGAACCCGGAAACGCCUGGGCCUCACCGAAGCGGUCCGGGCGACAGAGCCGGCGGGAGCCGGCAGCGCUGCGGGUCAGCGGUCGCGGCGGAGCCGGCGGUCGCGGCAGCCUGGGUCGCCCGGCGUCGCGGAGCCCGGGGCUCCAGGGCGGGCAGCUGGCCGAGCCGCACGGCGGACAAAUGAAGAGAAAACAAUGUCUGCCAACCUAAAAUAUCUUUCCUUGGGAAUUUUGGUGUUUCAGACUACCAGUCUGGUUCUAACGAUGCGCUAUUCUAGGACUUUAAAAGAGGAGGGGCCUCGUUAUCUGUCUUCUACAGCAGUGGUUGUGGCUGAAUUUUUGAAGAUAAUGGCCUGCAUCUUUUUAGUCUACAAAGACAGUAAGUGUAGUGUGAGAACACUGAAUAGAGUACUGCAUGAUGAAAUUCUUAAUAAACCCAUGGAAACACUGAAGCUUGCUAUUCCGUCAGGGAUAUACACUCUUCAGAACAACCUUCUCUAUGUGGCAUUGUCAAACCUAGAUGCAGCCACGUACCAGGUUACAUAUCAGUUGAAAAUACUUACAACAGCAUUAUUUUCUGUGUCUAUGCUUGGUAAAAAAUUAGGUGUGUACCAGUGGCUCUCCCUAGUAAUUCUGAUGGCAGGAGUUGCUUUUGUACAGUGGCCUUCAGAUUCUCAAGAGCUGAACUCUAAGGACCUUUCAACGGGCUCUCAAUUUGUAGGCCUCAUGGCAGUUCUCACUGCAUGUUUUUCAAGUGGCUUUGCUGGAGUUUAUUUUGAGAAAAUCUUAAAAGAAACAAAACAAUCAGUAUGGAUAAGAAAUAUUCAACUUGGUUUCUUUGGGAGUAUAUUUGGAUUAAUGGGUGUAUAUGUUUAUGAUGGAGAAUUGGUAUCAAAGAAUGGAUUUUUUCAGGGAUAUAAUCAACUGACGUGGAUAGUUGUUGUUCUGCAGGCACUUGGAGGCCUUGUAAUAGCUGCUGUCAUCAAGUAUGCAGAUAACAUUUUAAAAGGAUUUGCAACCUCCUUAUCCAUAAUAUUGUCAACAAUCAUAUCUUAUUUUUGGUUGCAAGAUUUUGUGCCAACCAGUGUCUUUUUCCUUGGAGCCAUCCUGGUAAUAGCAGCUACUUUCUUGUAUGGUUAUGAUCCCAAACCUGCAGGAAACCCCACUAAAGCAUAGUCGCGCCCUGUCCUUAACUGGAGUCUCACAAUGGUGCCCUGGCGACCUCAGCAUUAAUCUUGCACAGAAGACUUCUAAAGAUUCUAUGAAGAAAUCAUCAUGCUAAAUCUGAUUAUUCUGUUCAAAUGGUUUGAAAAUGAGUGGCCUUCAGGAUGAAGUGUGUACAUCAUCUGCAACCCAUGCUUGGAAGUAUGUCCAGGAAGUAGGGUUAGAGGGGAUACUGGGAGGAGGCCUUACCUCUGAGCUCGCAAUGACUUCAGCCUAUAGUUGCUGCAAAACUGUCCAGUGCAGCUUUCGCAAGAGCACACACAUGCAAAUAAAGACCAAGGUUUGCAAGGUAGAUCUGCCUACACUUACCACAUGUUCUUACCAUUACUCUUUCUGUACAGAUGUAUCAAGUUACAUGAACUAUGUAAAUGGAAAUUUAUAAUUGCCUAUCAAGCUGUGAACAAGCAAAUAUAAUUUAAAAGCAUUUUCAUGUAUCUGGGAUUUUUAUAUUUAUAUAAAAGAUUACUAAGGAAAGAAUUGCUAAACUUUGUUUAAUUCCAUAAUAUUUGAUGAAGAAAUAAUCUGGGUUUGAAUCAUAUUUAAAUUUAGUGUAGAAAGAGUCUCUCUCUCUCUCUCUCUCUCUCUCUCUCUCUCUCUAUGUCUGACAUUUACUGCUUUGAGGAGGCUGAAUGCAGUUUGGCUCUGCCUGUGCUAGAGUAGCAGUGACCAGCAUGUGGAGUUUACCCAUCAUUUUCCAAUUCUGUCUCAUUUCUCAUUAUUCUCAUCAUUACCUUCAAUUGAAUUUGUGUGUGUUGUCAUUAAAAAUUUUAAAUGAAUUUAAAGGGAUUAAGUACUCAUUUAAUAAUUGAAAAUAAAAUAAUGAUUACUGUCCAGUCUCCAUUUUGAGAAAUCUAAACUCUGAAACAUAUAUUGAAUGUAGUUUUGAAAUGGAGAAUUUUCUUGUUAAUCUGCAGUAGGAGUUUCUUUUAAUCAGCAACUGUUGACAGAAACAACAGUCAAAAGAGUGUUGGUUCUCUCAGUGGACCAUGAGCAAACUGAUUUUCUUGCAGACAUUCCCUACAGCCAUAGUGUUACUUUCCUUUUUCUUUUUCUUAAAGCAUAUUGUAACUUUUUCUUUUCUUAAGGCAAAUUUUUGUUAUGUAGACCCAGCUGACCUUGAACGCACAAAUAUCUAUUUGGCCGCCUCUGCCUGCCUAGUGAUGGGAUUAAAGGUAUGAGCCACUCUGCCCACCUCACUACAUUGUUUUAAGGGAGUUGCAUUAUAUUUUAAGUUCUAAGACUAUUUAGAAGUUUUUAUGUCCUAAAGCCCACUCUCCCCAUCUGAUUAUGUGUCUGGAAGAUGUGACUGCCUUCCGGGUUUCCUUUCUGGUGUUCCCAUGAGAGCUUCUGGAAAGGAGCAACCAUUUGCUUUAAAAUAGUAGAUUUUCUUUCUUUUUAACACUGGAAUUGAGGAACAAAUUAUGAGUUAUUUAGUAAUAGAUUCAAAGGAGAGAGAAUAUGUUAGGAAUAGUAAAAUAAACUGGGAGGCAAAAAAUGCAUUCUAUAUUUGGAAUAUAAGUUAUUUAAUUAUUGCCCAUAUACAGAAUUACCUAUUGAAUAUAAGAUCUAUUUUAUUCUUUCAUUUAUAUUGUAUAUAUUUUAAAAAUUUGUUCUAAUACAAACUUGUAAAAAGGUAAUUAUUUUUUAUGUAGUUCUAAUAGAUUUUGUUAAAUGGAGUUUGACUCAAAAGCACUAUUGUUAAGAUCUGUAAGGUUCCCUUGGCAACCUUGGAUUGGCUAUUUGAUCUUGCUAGAGCAAAUGUACUUUCAACAGUGAACAGGGCUAACUAAUUCCAUUCAGAGUUUCAAAGUACUUAAAAUGCCAGGCAGUGGUGGUGCACACCUUUGAUCCCAGCACUUGGGAGGCAGAGGCAGGCAGAUUUCUGAGUUCAAGGCCAGCCUGGUCUACAGAGUGAGUUCCAGGACAGCCAGGAGCUACAUAGAGAAACCCUGUCUUGAAAAAACAAAAAAAGAAAAAAGAAAGAGAUUGAAUAACUUCUGUUUUGAGCAUGGUGUGAGGCCACCACAGCAUUCAAGCUUAUGUCUAGGACCUAUGACUAAGUACAACCCAGAUCUUGCAAAUAUACAAAAUUCAAGAGGACAGAUCCAUGUUCUGGUCAUAUUAAAGCAUUGUGUGAGCAAGUGUGUUAAUACAGUGUGGAUUCAAAAUUAAUGGUUACUUAGAUCUAGUCUACCCUGUCUUAACCCUUCAAAAAUAUAUACAAAGAAGCAACUGGAUAGUAAAGUUGUUAGAGUUGUAGUACAUUUUAGGUGUCUGAAAAAUCUUUUAUGCAUCAUUUAUAUUUUUCUUUUCUAGUCAGUUAAAAAGUAAUUGGGCUGAAUGUAUAGUCUAAAAAUGUAUAAGGAAAUAAUAACAUUUGGGGGAAAAUGGGCUUGUAACCUAGAUUGUCAUAUAUAUUGAUGCUGAAAUUUUGCCUAAUGUGGUUUGUGUUUUGAUGACAUUCAAAGGUGUUAUUGUACCAUGCUUUUAUAAUAACUCUUUGAUUAUUUAAAUUUUAUGCUUUUAAAGGUGUCCUUGUUAUUUCUCAGCUACUUUUACUGAGAGAGCGUGUGAAUUCAUGGCGAAGAGCGCCAGCUGAGAGCUGUGUUAAAGUUCGGCACAACACUGGGAGAAAGCUUGAUGUCACAGGCAGGCCCUCAGUGCAGCAACAGCAGCUCUUUCCUGAAUGGUUCUCAACACAGAAAGUAGACAUUCAGAACUGAAAUGUUUGUAUCAAUUUCUGUGGAAUAACACAGAAUUUCAUAUGAAGAAAAGGCAGCUUGAUAGUAAACCAGAGUCUAGUAAGAAAUUCUGAAAGGGCAUUAAUCGAUAUUCUACUCUGAAUCCUAAAAUAUAAUUCUAUUCUUACAAAUCAAGUUAUUAGACAUUAAAAAUAUCAUUAUACUGUCAUUCAAUGAAGUGUUUUUGUUUUGUUGUCUUUUUGAGGCAGCAUCUUAACUAUGCCACCCUGGCUGCCUGGGACUAACUGGCUGGCCUGGAACUCACAGAGAUCUGCCUGCCUCUGCCUUCAGAGUGCUAGAAUUAAAGGUGUGCACCACCACCCCCAUUUGAGUUAUGUUUUAUUUAGUUUUUAAAGAAAGGCUUUAGUAUCACUCACUCUAUUUAAACAUUCAUUGUAGAAUAUUUGAUUACUAUAGAUAUAUUUUUACCUGAGAUUUAUAAAAAGUAGUUAUGUUAUACUGAAAGUCAUCUCAAGGACCUCCACGAUAUUUAAAGAAGUUGUAGGGCCAAAGAAAAUGUACCUUUAUCACAAUCUGGUCCUAUGUGCCUUGCUUUACCAAAUAAAUACCUGACUUUUAUGGAGAAUAUACUGUAAUUUACAACUGUAGACACAUACUUGAAAGUGGGAUUUUUUUUUUCAAGAAUAACUGUAAUUCUAACUUUUGGCUGUUUCAACAUUUUCCCUUUAAAUCUACUGUUUAACAACCUGAUACUGAGUAUCCUAUGAAAGCAUCUAAAACAACAGCACUUGCUUAAGUGAGUUGUGAUCCCUGCACCGUGAUUCAGGUUUGAGACAUUAACAGUUGGAUAUAAUUGUUUGUUGUUUCUUUUCUUGUAAGACAAAAUUUGUUGUGAUUUAAAACAAUAUUUUUAAAUGAUUUUGACCCUAAAUUGAUAUAUGUCUGUAUUUCAUUUAUAUAAAGUUAUUUUUUGAGGUUUGGGAA